AUGGAUUCCCUGGAUAGCCUGCGACAUACUAUUCACAAUCAUCCGUUAAUUGACAACCAUGCACAUAAUUUAUUGAAUCAGGAAGCUGUCACCGACUACGACAACUAUCCACUUGAGUCCAUCAUAUCCGAAGCCCACGGUCAAGCCUUGAAAAAUGCUCAGUCGACUUUGCCACUGAUACGCGCGACUAAUCAACUAUCUGAGCUCUAUGGGACACCAUGUUCAAACUGGUCAGAUGUCCUUGCUGCCCGCGAUCGAUGGGUCGAGCAAGAUUAUGAAGGUUUUGUCCAACGAAGCCUCGAAGGAACUCAUGCACUACUUCUGGAUGACCUUUUAAUGGACGAAGAUGAUGAAGAUGUUGAGCCAUACGCCUGGCAUGACUCAUUUACAGCUUCAGCGACCAAGCGCAUUGUUCGGAUCGAAGCAUUAGCAGCCUCGCUUCUGAAAACAAUAAUGAACGAAGAGCGCGACCCACAAGAAUCCAUUUGGAACAAAUUCCGCGCGAGGUUUUUGGCAUUACUUGAGCAUGCGAUGGAUGAUUCUGCCGUUGUGGGAUUCAAGUCUGUGAUUUGUUAUCGCACAGGCUUGGAUAUCGACCCCCACAGGGCCGACGAGGCUACGAUGACAGCCUCGCUUCACCGCACCCUUGACUCGGGUACCAAGAGAUCGGGUUACCGUAUCGAAGACAAGCCGUUAAAUGACUGGUUGGUCCACGAAACGCUACAGGCUAUUACAUUGAAGAAGAGGCAAGGGGUUUCUAAGCCACUUCAAUUUCAUACUGGUCUGGGCGACAAUGAUAUCAGCCUUAUCAAAUCGAAUCCUGCUUAUAUGCAGCCCCUGAUCGCUCGGUAUAGCGUUGCAGAGAUUGUAUUACUACACUCUUCAUAUCCUUUUACUCGUGAGGCUGGAUAUCUGGCCUCUGUUUAUCCUAAUGUCUAUUUGGAUCUUGGGGAGGUAUUCCCAAUGGUCAGCCGAGAAGCGCAAGAGCAGAUUUUAAGACAGAGUUUGGAACUAACGCCCAUUAACCGCUUGCUGUGGAGUACGGAUGGUCACUUUCAUCCGGAAACAUUCUGGUUAGCCAACAAACAGUUCCGUCAAGCUCUUGAGAAAGUUUUCGUCGAAUAUGUCCAGCAUGGCGAUUUUAAUGUGACGCAGGCCAAGAGCGCUGUCGCUGAUAUCCUAUUUCACAACUCAAAUCGCCUUUACCAAUUGAAUCUCGACCCCGAACACAAGCCUGGACUCGCCACUCAGUCUUUAAUAGCUACCAACGGUCCAAGCGCACCUGACCCAUUGAACGCCUUUUUACAAAAGAACCCGGAUAUCAAAUAUAUCUGGAUGCAGUGGGUGGAUUACACAGCGACACUUCGAGUGCGAAUGUUUCCUGUCCAGGAAUUCAUCCUAAUUGUGCGACGGCAAAGACGUGUCGGGAUCUCACUUUCAGUCCUCAAUAUGCUACAAGACGAUACAGUUCUACCAGAAGGAUCAGCUACGGGCCAAUUCUACAUGGAACCCGAUUUGAACAGCCUCUACAUUAAUGGAAGUAUGUCUACACCAGCUGCCCCGAGUGCCACUGUUAUGACGUUCUGGCGGUCGGAAGAUGAUAAGCCCCUGGAAGGAUGUCCAAGGACUACCUUGCAGAAUAUCGUUGAUUCUCUACACACCGAACACAAGAUUGAUAUUCUGUGCGGCUUUGAGAUUGAGGUAGUCUUUCUCAAGCCACAAAAGGAUCCACAGAGUGGACGGAUAGUAGCCUAUGAACCCGCCACGAGCAAUCAUUCUUGGUCUCAGAUGACCGGGGACACAAGAGGAAUGGUUCAUAUCCUGGAAGAGAUUACACAAGUUUUAUCAUCGAUGGACAUUGAGCUGCAACAAUUCCACGCCGAGUCAGCUCCCGGUCAAUUCGAAUUCGUCCUCCCACCAGCCGCGCCAUUGGAUGCUGUAGAUGCUCUCUACACCGCACGACAAGUAGUGACAGCCAUCGCAGAAAAGCAUGGUCUGCGAGCAACACUUCAUCCUCGUCCCUUCCCCAGUGGAGCUGGCAGUGCUUCUCACACACACAUCUCCAUCAACCCAGCAACACGCGAAGAUGAAUUUUUAGCCGGAAUCCUCGAUGUUUACUGUGCAAUUACGGCUUUCACUCUCGCGCAAGAUGCAAGCUAUGAGCGUAUUCGUUCCGGUAUCUGGGCAGGGUCGGAGUGGGUGGCAUGGGGCUUCCAAAAUCGAGAGACACCAAUACGCAAGAUUAGUGAGGGCCACUGGGAAUUCAAGUCCAUGGACGGCUUAGCAAACCCCUACCUUGCCGUAGCUGCCAUUCUCGCCGGUGGAUAUUGGGGCCUAUCACGGUCGAAGCCACUGGUGAUGAAAGACUGUGCUGUUGAUGCUGCCACGGUCACCACGGAAGAGCGCGAAAAGCUCGGAAUCAAAACUCGAGUUCCUAGAUCCCUCAGUGAGAGCCUCCGUUAUCUCCAAAGGUAUUCCGAGUUUCAGGAAUUACUCGGAUCUGCACUUGUGCGCAAUUACAUAUCGGUGAAAGUGGGGGAAUCCGCCCGCCUGGCGGCCAUGUCAGAAACGGAACGGAGAAUGUGGCUCUUGGAGAAAUAUUAA